AUGCACUUGAAGAGGAACUUACUGAGUCCGGCCCCGAGACACCGGACCCCUCGCUCCUGCCGCCGCUCGCCGUCCUGGAUCUGGUACCUGACCCUGGGAUCCAUCGUGAGCACCGUGUUCUGCUCCUCAUCGGGCCCUGUCUUGCACCAGGAACAUCACUUCCACGGGAGCAAGCAUCACUCAGUCUCUCCCAUCUCCAUCUACCGUUCCCCAGCCUCUCUGCGAGGCGGUCACGCUGGUACUACAUACAUUUUUGGCCGAGGAGGCGGGGUCAUUACCUACACAUGGCCGGCCAACGACAGACCCAGCACAAGGACCGACCGCCUAGCUGUUGGAUUCAGCACAUCAGUGAAAGAUGCAAUCCUGGUGCGAGUGGAUAGCGCUCCUGGUCUGGGAGACUUCCUUCAGCUUCACAUAGAACAAGGCAAGAUCAGCGUUGUUUUCAACGUUGGUACAGAUGACAUUGUCAUCAAGGAGUCCAGCAACGUGGUGAAUGAUGGGAAUUACCACUUGGUACGUUUUACCAGGAAUGGGGGCAACGCGACCCUGCAAGUGGAUAACUGGGCCGUGAAUGAAUUCUACCCGACAGGAAACAUUGAUAAUGAACGCCUGGCGAUUGCUAAAACGAAAAUCCCCAAAAAAUUCAGAGGAAUAGUAUUUGAUGAGUGGCUACAAGAGAAAGGCCGCAUGCUGACAAUCUUCAAUACGCAGGCUAUGAUUACAAUUGGGGGGAAGAAUAGGAGUCGUCCAUUCCAGGGACAAAUGUCUGGCCUUUACUACAAUGGCUUAAAGGUCCUUAACAUGGCAGCAGAGAGCCAUCCCAAUGUCAAGGUCAACGGAACCGUGAGGCUGGUGGGAGAGGUGGCCCCGGUGAUUGUCAACCAGCCAAUGGCGACCACAUUACCGGCUGAGAUGUCCACCACCAUCAUGGCGACAACCACAACAAUGGCGACUACCACAGCCAGGAAGGUCCGAGGAACAAUGAAGGUCAACCCGGUCACCGAUGACCUAAUUGUCUCCUCAGCUGAGUGUGCAAGUGACGAUGAGGACCUCGAUGAGUGCGAGCCCAGCUCAGGAGGUGAAUUAGUUUUCCCUGUAGUGACAGAAGAGGCCUUAGCAAUCCCUCCUCUCGCCACUCGUGCACCCUUCAUCUCCCUCCUCCCUACCUUCCGUCCCCUUCUCACCAUUAUUGAGAACACCAAAGAUUCCCUGUCCAUGAUCCCUGAGGUGGGGUUACCUUGCCUGUCGGAGCAGGACCACGGUGAUUGUGAUGCUGGCUUGGUGAUAUCUGGUUAUGGCUCAGGGGAGGCACUUGACUCUAAUCUACCCCCUACUGAUGAUGAAGAUUUUCACACCACCUUGUCCUUGGUAACAGAUAAGACCUUGUCCACAUCGGCCUUUGAAGGUGGCUACAAAGCGCACGCACCCAAGUGGGAGUACAAGGACUUUAGACCUAGCAAAGCGUCUGAAUCCGGUAGGACUGCUACCACGGCCUCUCCCCCUGAGCUGCUCAGUUCCGCAGUCUCCGCGCCGCCCGGAAAGUUGCCCAAAGUGCCCGCGGGCAAGUUGAACACGCGUGAGCAGAAGCCCUACCCCGGCUUGGUGUUGGUUCCCCUGCCCACCGCGUACGAGGUAGACAGUACAAAGCUGAAGAGUCCCCUAGUCACCUCACCCAUGUUCCGUAAUGUACCCACAGCCAACCCCACGGAGCCGGGAGUGCGCCGGGGCCCUGGGGCCUCAGAGGUGGUGCGGGAAUCCAGCAGCACGACCGGGAUGGUGGUGGGGAUUGUGGCGGCAGCAGCUCUCUGCAUCCUGAUCCUCCUCUAUGCCAUGUACAAGUACCGCAACAGAGAUGAAGGCUCCUACCGGGUGGACGAGACUCGCAAUUAUAUCAGCAACUCCGCACAGACCAACGGCACUGUUGUCAAGGAGAAACAGCAGAGCGCUAAAGGCAGCAGUAAGAAGCACAAAAACAAGGAUAAAGAGUAUUAUGUGUAGAGCAGACAAAAGAAAACAAACUAACAAAAGAGGGGAAGGAGAAUUGAACAACAAUAUGACAAAAAAAAGGAGACACAAUCAAAAAUAUAUAUUAUACAGAAAUAUAUAUAUAUAUAUGUGAAUUCUGACAGUGCAAAUCUGCCACUCAACUUAGAUUUUAAACACACAAUAAAUGAAAAGAUAAACUCUUUUGGGGAAAUGAAAGUACAAACUCCAAAUACAACUUGGAUAUGCACUGUGUCAAACAAAAAGACAAUGAACUUGCAGAGUGAUGCUGUACCUGCUUUAAGACAAUGAACACACACAGACACACAGACACACACGCACACACACAGAGCUGUCACAGAGAGCAGAGUGUUGUAUUCUGGUGAAUGAACCUCCAACUAGAGAAUACAUCCACGGCCUCCUCGGUUUUUAAUCCUGGAUGCGACUGUUAAGACUUUGUGACAUUUCACAUUUUCUCAAGAUUCUUCUUUUGAUCUGGUUGUAAAAGCUGU